UCUCUACAAGACAGAAUCCUGAUUGCUGCUACCUCACAAACAAGAUGCUGCAUCACCUAGCUCUCACUGGUGUAUCCUGGAUGUUCUCCUGCCUGAUGUUUUUAUCUCAGGUGCAAGGUGAAGACUCCCAGAAGGAAUUGCCCUCUCCACGUAUUAGCUGCCCCAUGGGCUCCAAGUCCUAUCACUCCCACUGCUAUGCCCUGGUUAUGACACCCAAAUCUUGGUAUCAAGCAAAUCUGACCUGCCAGAAGAGACCCUCUGGACACCUUGUGUCCAUUCUUAGUGGAGCCGAGGCUUCCUUUGUGUCCUCCCUGGUGAAUGGCAGAGUGAAUAACUGCAAAGAAAUCUGGAUUGGACUCCAUGAUCCCACAAUGGGUAAAGAACCCCAUGGAGGUGGAUGGGAGUGGAGUAACUUUGAUGUGCUGAGCUACUUUAACUGGGAUGGAAAUCCUUCUGUUGUAAACCGUGGUCACUGUGGGAGUCUGACAGCAGCCUCGGGGUUUCUGAAGUGGGGAGACCAUCACUGUGAUGGGGAAUUACCUUUUGUUUGCAAGUUCAAGCAGUAAGAAGGCAGCUUCCUGAAUUUAUGAUGAAGCUCAUCAUGACGAUGGAUCAAAUACAACGAUUCACCCAGCAAGCCGGUGCUCUCUUCAUUCUGCAUCAGAGUUGUUAUUCUGCUUUUCUAGCUUUUUCAUUCACCUCCUUGCCCUUAU